AUGGCACUGCGGUGUACGGACGUGUUCCGCCACCUCUUAUUACUUGUUGUUAUAUUUUCUGUGAAAAGGCCUACUUUUACAUCAGCUGGACCUGCAAUUUAUGAUAUUAUGGAUACAAAUACUGGUUUUACUACGGAAUCGUUUGAUUUCGUGCAAGAUUGUUAUUACAGUUCAUCUUUGUGGGUUUAUAAACAGAAUCACAUUUAUAAACUUAAUCUUGAUCUCAGAGAAACGACUUGGUUACUUUUAAUACUUGCCGGGGACGUUGAAAUCUGUCCGGGUCCUAAUUGUGGCGCUUGCUUGAAUAAUAUAAAGCAUAUUAAACAAAAGGUAACAUGUAUUGGAUGUACUCAAUUUUUUCACAAAAAUUGUAUCAACAUAAAAGAUUUUAUCACAACAUCUCUUUGCACUCAAUGCAGACUCAACCACGACGGGGGUCGAACUAAAAAUGACACUAUUAACUCCUUUUCAGAAAAGCGUGGUUUCAAACUUCUUCAUCUGAACGUCAAUGGCUUGUUUGGAAAAAUUGACCAAAUCCGGGACAUGUUAUUCAGUACUAGAAAAAACAUUCACAUAUUUGGAAUAACUGAAUCUCAUCUAACUGAAAUAAUUCCGGAUUCACUAGUUUCAAUUGAAGGAUACCGUACUGAAAGGAAAGAUCGAAAAACAGGAAUUGGUGGUGGUGUUAUUGUUUACAUUAGAGACGAUCUCAAAUGGCAACGUAGAUUUGACUUGGAGAGUGAUAUCGAAUCCGUAGUUGUAGAAAUCUUUGUAGAAAAGUCCAAAUCUUUUAUCGUUUGUGUCAUGUACCGACCCCCGGAUAGUUCAUUACAUGGUACAAAAAAUUUCGAAACUUGUCUUAACGACUUUUUGACAAUUAGCUCAACGGAAGAUAAAGAAACUUUACUACUGGGAGAUCUUAAUAUAGAUUAUAAUAAACGCAGUGAUCAUAAACAAUUAAAAGACCUAUUUGUUAUUGUGGGUCUCAACCAACGCAUCAAACAGUUCACUAGAGAAACGGAAAGUUCAAAAACGAUAAUUGAUGUAAUUUUUACCUCGCAUCAAAACAAUGUCAAAGAAACAAUAGUUCUACCAUUAGGGAUCAGUGAUCAUGACUUAAUUGGUGUAAACAGAAAAAUAAAUGUCAAUCGCUAUGUACCUCGUAGAAUUAAAAUUCGAGAUUAUAAAAAUUACAACGCAACUCGUUUUAAGGAUGAUAUGAAAAACUCUGAUUGGGAUUCUAUUAUCUUUAAAGAUACCAUGAAUAAAAGCUGGGAUGCAUUUAAAUCAAGAAUCCUCGAAAUCAUUAAUAUUCAUGUUCCACUCAAAGAAAUAUCUAUUCGAGGAAAGUCGUGUCCGUGGCUCUCUGGUGAAAUUAAAACAAAAAUGAGAGAAAGGGACCAUUUUUUGAGAAAAGCAAGGAAAUAUAACAACAGUUUUGACUGGGAAAGCUAUAAAAGAAUCCGUAAUAAAGUCACCACUCUUAUACGUCAAAGUAAAAAGAAAUAUCACCAAAACAUUUUUACUGAAAACGUAAAUGAUUCUAAAACAUUUUGGAAUGAGAUUAAAAAGGUUUACCCGGUUAAACCAAAAAAAGGUGUUAGUAAUGUUAUCGAUGUUGAUGGAUGCUUAAUAAGUAAUAAAUCGAGGAUAGCUGGUUGUUUCUGUAAAUUUUUCUCAAGUAUCGGUUCCAAACUUGCGAAUACUAUUACUUCCAUUGGUGAUCGGAGAUGGAUGUAUUAUGAGUCGAGCAAGCUUUCCCUUAACAAGAAUAUGUCAGUGUUCAAAUUUAAUGCAGUUACUCCUGAUUUACUUAAAAAACGACUAAAGAAACUGAAAGUGGCAAAAGGUGCCGGUCCGGAUGGAAUACCGCCUCGUCUCAUAAAGGAUUGCGCCGAUGAAAUUGUACUUCCAUUAUGCUACCUAAUUAACUUGAGUCUUCGGUCUCAUACGUUUCCAUCGGCUGAAAAAGUAGCACGCGUGACUCCAGUAUACAAAUCGGACGAUAAAUCAAAACUUGAUAACUAUCGACCAAUUUCCGCGCUAAAUGUAUUCUCGAAGAUUAUUGAACAAAUUGUACAUCACCAACUGUACAAUUAUCUAGAAGAAAACAACCUUCUUCAAUGCCAACAAUUCGGAAUUCGUAAACAGCGAUCUACGCAACAAGCGGUGUCAUUGUUUGUCGAAACUAUUCGCAAAAAUGCAGAUAAAGGAGAAUGCACUGGGGCGAUUUAUCUCGACUUGCGAAAAGCCUUCGACACUAUUACUUGUGGUGUACCCCAGGGUUCAACCCUGGGUCCAUUACUAUUCCUUCUACUCGUUAACGACUUACACCAAUUACUAAGUAAAUCGAAAGUACUUUUGUAUGCCGAUGACACUGUUGGAAAGACUGAGUUUGUCAUGUAUGGAUCUCAUCAAAACCUACGUAAACAGGAAGCAUGUACCAUCAAGAUAAAUGCUACGUCCAUUAACAAAGAAGAUAAUUAUAUCUAUCUGGGGGUUAAUCUGGACAACCAUCUGACACUACAGGAACAUCUCAACACAACGUACAAAAAGGCAUCUGGAAAGCUCAAAUAA